GAGUGGGCCACAGCCCAGUCCCAAGGUGAGACCUACCUCGCCGUCUCCGCCUUCCUCUAUCCAAAAUCUCCUCUCUCUCUUUGUCGCCGGCGACGGAGAUGCAGGCGGCCGUGGCCUUGAGGCAGUCCCUUCUCAUCCGACGGUUCCCAAGGGCUUAUUACCACGCCGGCGGGGCCGGGGCAGAUGGUGGCGUGCGGCUGCUAGGAAGAGGAGGCGCCUGUUGCUCCGCGAGCCUAUCCGUCGGUACCGGCGGCGGCGGCAGUGAGCAUGUUCCCGUAUUCCCAAGACAAAAAACAUGGGAUCCCUACAAGCUUCUUGGUGUUGACCAUGAUGCCUCUGAAGAAGAGAUCAAUAGUGCAAGGAACUUCCUUCUUCAACAAUACGCUGGGAAUGAAGAAAGCGAAGAGGCAAUUGAAGGUGCCUAUGAUAAGAUAAUGAUGAAGAGCUACUCACACCGUAAGAAAUCGAAAAUCAACCUGAAAAGCAAAUUAAGGAAGCAAGUGGAAGAAUCCCCAUCAUGGGCUAAGUCACUGCUUGGACACUUUGAGGUGCCAUCGAUGGAUGUUGUGUCAAAAAGAUUUGCUCUCUUCGGCUUUAUUGCUGGGUGGAGCAUCGCAACCUCUGCUGAGACCGGACCUACCUUCCAGCUUGCACUGGCACUCGUCUCAUGCAUAUACUUUCUCAACGACAAGAUGAAAAACCUUAUGAGGGCGUCUGCCACUGGGCUUGGAGUCUUUGCUGGUGGCUGGAUAGUAGGCUCGCUGGUGGUCCCAGUGAUCCCGACAUUUACUUUCCCGCAUACUUGGUGUCUAGAGCUCCUUACUUCGCUGGUCGCUUAUGUAUUUUUAUUUUUGGGCAGCACUCUUGUCAAGUGAAAUCUGUGACACUUGAAACUGUUGUUGUUUGUGCGAGAUUUUCUCUUGCUGACGUCUCAGUGGACUCAGUUCACCCUUUUGACACAUGAGUAUAGAUAGAUGCCCUAUUGAGAAACCGAAACUUGGGCCACUAUUGUUCAGAUCCGGUAAGGUGUUGUCAUCUCUAGGUUAAGCGAGCUUAUAUUGAUUUGUAUUGUAUUGCAUUGUAUUGUAUUGUAUUGUAGGCAGAGCAAUCCAGUUUCUGCAAGCUGCUGCUGCUGGGCAUGCUAUUGUGAUUAUACAUGACUUUGUACAGUUUCAGAUGUGCAAUCAUUAAUUUAUCAUGUUUUUUA